AGAAGAGAGAGCAUUUUGGAAAUUUGAAGGUUUUAUGUUUGCCUUAGCAUUUAUUUCUUGUAUUAGUGUAUAUUGGAGAGAAAAUAUACUAAGGCAAAGAAUUAUUCGCAAAGUUGCCAGACAGUUAAGAGCUAGUGUAUAUGGUUUCAAAAACCUGAAAAAUGGAUGAAGCAUAUUUAGAGAUACAUUCACUGACUGAUUUAUGCCUUGCUCCAAUAGAAACGAUCAUAACACUUUUUACAAUAAAAUAUUGCAAUUCUGAGAUCAAUAUUAAGUUGAUUCAAACUAAACAAAAGUUAAAUGAAUGCGCGUAUAUUAUAGAUAUAUCUCAAUUUGUAUAUGAAAUUAUAGAUGAAAAAGAGAUUCCUCAUGAUGUAAAUUCUUGUGAAUUACCUAGUAUAGUUUUAAAUAAAACAAGUUACAUAGCAGGACUUUGUGCUAUACUAAGACAGAUUAUAAAAUCAACUCUCAUAGAUUGUCCAUUACAUUACUGUAGAUCUUUGUUGGGAUUUAAAGAAUCAUGUUUAUUAGCUUGUUUGGAAAGCAGUGUCUGGACUAAGUUUUGUGAAAUAGAUAUGAUUAACAUGUUAAAAUUUCUUAAUUUAGGUAGUUCGAAUCAAGUAGAAUUGCCUCAUAGUCUUGCAAGAUUUGAAUGUCAUAUGUCGCAACCACUAAGGAUACAUAAUCUAUACAAAUAUGUAGUGUCUAAGAAAAAAAGUAUGCAAGAUGUAAGAACAGAAUAUAAAACUCAAGUACCAGAACAUAAAUAUGCAGAAGGUUCUUAUAUUACGUUAGCUGAUAUAAUUAUUUUUGUUUGUGUGCAUAUAUUGCUUACAAUAUAUUCAAGUGACGCAAUACUUAAAUUAUUACCAUUGAUAACUAAAUGGUACGAACGAAUGAUUCAAGAUCAUAUUAUACUGGAAUGUUUAAGUUGCUUAUCUAUUCAAGAAAAAAAAAUUAAUAAUGAAAUUAAUUAUAUACUUCCUCAAGUUUCUAAUGAAAGUUUAUAUAAAAGUGAUCCUAAAAGAUAUAAACCAAAAAGUCGUAUCUACACAAAACAAAAAGACAUAGAAUAUUCCAUGCAAAUUAUCCAUAAUGCAGAAAUUAUAAGUGAGCUUGAUGCAGAAACCUUCGGUGCAGAAAUAUGUUUUGAUUGGACAAAUGUUCCUUUUGACAUAACUCCAGAAGGUGGAUCUUUACCACCUUCUCGUCUGAAAAGAAAAUCUGAACAGUUAGAAAAUCUAUGUAAACCUGUUAUAAAAUUAGCAAAAGCAGGUGAUGUUAUUGUAGAUUUUUGUUCUGGUAGUGGUCACCUUGGAGUAUUACUUGCAUAUCUUUUACCAAAUUGUACUAUAAUAUUAUUAGAAAAUAAAGAACAAUCUUUAAAUAGAGCAAAAGAAAGAGUGAAGCUGUUGAAAUUGACUAAUAUUAAAUUUUAUCAGUGUAAUUUAGAUUAUUUUAAAGGAAAUUUUAAUAUAGGUUUAUCUUUGCAUGCUUGUGGAGUAGCAACUGAUUUAGUUAUUCAACAAUGUAUUAAAAGAAAUGCUAUUUUUGUAAGUUGUCCGUGUUGUUAUGGAUCAUUACACAAUUGCCAUCAUUUAACAUAUCCAAGAAGUAACAUUUUUAAGAAACACAUAAGCAACAAACAAUAUUUGACUCUUAGUCAUGCUGCGGAUCAAACACACGAUAAACUAAAUGCUAAAACUCAACAAGGAUAUGAAUGUAUGGCUAUUAUAGACACUGAUAGAAAAUUACAGGCUGAGCAAUUUAAUUAUUUAGUAUAUCUUGGUAAAUUAAUACCAGAGACAUGUACACCUAAAAAUCACAUAUUAGUUGGAAUUCCUAAAAGACGUAUAUGUAUGAAAAAUUAGAAUAUUAAUAUCUUAAAAAAUAUUUGUACAACGAAAUUUACGGUACAAAUAAAUAUGUGUAAAUUAUACAUACAUUUAUACUUACUUGUUGUCUGAAACAAAUAAUAAAUUAUGAAUAACAUUGAUACAGUAAAAAUGAAGCUCUCUCUUACAAACUUGUUUUAAAAUAUACUUUGUAUAUCACAGAUAAAUAUUAUGAAUUUACAAUACGUUAUAUUUUCUUUUUUUUAAUUUCUAUGAACUUUUAUAUUGCUUAUAACAUUAAUCGUUUGUAGUAUGACUGUAAUAUUAUUUCAAUUUAUUAAUGAGACACGUGCCAUUACUGCACUAGAAAUUUAUUAAUAAUUGUAUGAAGAUUUUUAUUGAUAUGUACAAAAAAGAAGAAAGAAAUAAUUAUGUAUACAAAUUAUUAGCAUUAUUUAAAUGUUACACAACAAUUUCCUAUUGUUACAUAUCUAAUUGUAAGAGAAACACGAAACGAAGUUUGUUUUUAUAUUAUAUUAGAGGAACUAGGGAAUAUUCAUUUUUACUAUUUUACUUACUACUUCAAGCGCCGAGUAUAUGCUUGGGCAAUAUUGAAAAUUUAAAUAAACUUCCAUCUUUAUUUUAUGCUUUAACACUUUCAACAUUUAAUUUUGGUCUUUCAAUAAAAUGGCUGAUGGAAAACGAAGUGAAAGUACCAUAUACACAUUUUAUGUUUUUUUAAGAUUGUGUGUUUCAUGUACUAUUUACAAUUUCAGUCAUACGAGCACAGAUACACUGCCACAGAGUAAGUUAGCCAUAUCUGAUAUUUAUUUUACUUAAUAGUAAACUUAUGUUUAUUUCAAUUCACAUCUGUUUUAAGCUUCUUGUAAGAGAUGAAGCUUAACUUUACCAGAUGUUAAUGGUGAAAAGUUAUCUUAGAACAUUGUCACAGAGUAUGUCUCUUAUUUGAUAUAAAAGCCCCCUAACACAAGUAUUUGAUAAAAAGUUCUCAAUGAAAAAAUUCAUAUGAAAUUAGAAAAAGAUCAACUUAUGGACACAGUUUUGUUAACAAAAUAAUGGUAUUUGAUCUAUCGUAAAAAAGAUUUUAUAUUUUCAAUGGUAAGAACUACUGAUAUAAAUUCUUCAAUAAAACUUAUAUAAAUUAAAUUCGACGAAUGAAACAAAUUAUUAAUCGGUACUUUACGAUUAUCGAAGUUUACAAUAAAAAAAAAAUAUAAGUUAUCGUAAUAUGGACGCUUAUACAAAAAGAUAGGGAAUAAACAAAAGACUCUUUCGACAUUUGGUAUAUCAAAAAUGAUUGCUAUCUCAUUGUAGUUUAUUGUCACUAAGAAAAUAGUAAGCUAUGUAGCUUGGUAUAUAGUUAACAAUUCGUUAUAUUAUUUGGAAAUAAAAACAUUAUAAUAUUAAAAAUGGUAACUGCAAUUAAGAAAAAAAAAUUGAAAAACAUUUAUUUUGUUGGAUAUUGAUAAUAUAAUAGACGUGAUUAAAAUUAAGAAAAAAGGAAGCAGUAAAUAUUAGAUACUUAGAUAUUUAUAUUGAUAGUUACCAUUAUAUAAGCUUACUUAUUAUAAAAGCUCUAAAUAGGGGGCUUUUAAAAUUACACGUUAAAUUUGCUUCGUGGCAUUAGCACGAAGCAUGUAGGCAUCUCAGACAUACAUUGGUACUUGUUUCAAACGUUUUCCCGACAUUAAUUUCGUAGUUUACAACUCAGAUAUUUUCUAUAGUAAUAAUUAUCUUACGCGUAAAAAUGUAAGCAAGCAAUCCAUCGAAGUCUCUUUCUCAUUAAUCGUUGAAGUUCGAUAGUUAGAUUUUACGUAAGUUACUCGUAAUCAUAACAAAGAAUGGCUGCGUUAGAGAUAAGAAAAAUUGAUAAUAAUUAAUACAUUAUAAUAUUCAUAGACUCGAUAAAUCCUUUAUCUCAAAUCGAUUACUUGUUAAUUGAAAUCGAACUGGAGAUUUCGAAUACGAAUCUUUCUGGACAACUUGCUUCAUUUUUCAUUAUUGGCGUGUAGUACUCUUCUCGAUAUUAUACUUUUGGCUUUACAGCAUAAAUAAUCAUCACGCGUUAUGAUGUAAUUUCACAUUUCAUGCUUUUUUUUUCAUAAAUUUCAUAUGUAUAAUAAGAUUGUAUACUUAGGAUCAAUUGAUGUACCUGCUCGUAACUUUGAAUUCGCUAGAUAAAUAGGUACUUCGUUUUUUUUUUUCUAAUACCAAUUCUUGUACUUUAUGUAUAAAUUUAAUAGCACGGAGGAUUCUGCCAGAGGGGUAAAUCAAUCGAUCCUUCUCAUUGUUAUUUCGAAUGUGCCAGCCACAACACAACAAGCACGGUGCUCCUACCGAAGUACUUAUAUUCAUACCGUAUAUUGCUUAAGUUAAGGAGCUUGUAAACACGGUAUUCCCGACAACUUAACGGUACGACGCUCUCCAUAACUUCUUUUAACAUUUUUCACGUGUCUCGGAUAGCAACACAAUUAUUCUAUUUUGAUUCGAUAUGAAAAAGCUUUUUGAUAAAUAUCUCCACUCCGGGGAAUUAAAACAAAUCUUUACAAUUUUCAUUUCAUUAAUUUGUAAAUCAAUUGCUUAACCAAGAAGAGUCGCAUUUCUAUUAAAAUAUCAUUUACAAUUGAUAAUAAACGACACGGCAUUUACGUCAGAGUAGUUCGAUGUCAAAAAUAACUAUCAAGAGAUGGAAAUGUGUGAUCGGUACUUGUGAGAACACGUUAAUUGACGAUGUCUUCGAUCAUGCAGCAAUCGAAGCCAUAUGAUAUGACAAUGUGACGCGUUAGUUGAAAAUUUACGUGGCACAUUUGUAUAUAGAGAUGGAAAAGAAAAAGAGAGUAAGAGAAAGAGAGAGAGAGAGA